GCCAGAACACGUGCCCACACUGCCCGCAGGUCCGUAAGCGCUCACCGAAAGCCCUGCUACUGCUUCACAGCUCGCAGGGCCAACACAGAGCCCUUCUGUCUGUCCCCACGCCAGCAGCAGGACAGAAACACGGCCUGUGUUUCAGAGAAUGAGCUAAUGUAGUCACUGGAAAAUCCUGGAUGGAAACCAAUGUGUGCUGGAUCAGUGAUUUGGCAAUGGCCAAAUGCCAGUUUUCCUGUGUUGUUGUGAACAGUUUUACACACAGACCUGCCUUUGUAGAAAUGCACCUAGUUAAGAAUGAACACAAGAGAAGUGCUGUGGUAGACACAGGCUUCAUGUCAUGUUGGUUUCCAGUUUAAAAACCAGUAGGCAAUUUUAAAGGAACAGCAACAAAGUGAUGACCCGGUGCCAAGUGCCAGCUUUCCUUAUUCAUCAGAUUCAAGAAGAAUUGGAUAAAGAAGAAGAAGAGAUGAUGGUUUUCCUGUGCCGAGACCUUGCUCCUGACUUGGCCACUGCUGAUCUUAAAGAGAUCUUGGUGGCUUUGAAUGAGAGAGAGAAACUGACUCCUGCUGGCUUGUCUGAGCUGUUGUACAGAGUUAAGAGGUUUGACUUGCUGAGGAGGAUCCUGAACACAGAGAAAGCAACAGUGGAAGCUCACCUUGCCAGGAGUCUCAGACUCAUCCCUGAUUACAGGGUACUAAUGGUAGAGAUAAAUGAAAAUCUGGAAAAAGAUGAAGUGGGUUCUCUUGGUUUUCUACUCAGAGAUUAUGCACCUCGUAUGAAAAUGGCAAAAGAUAAGAGUUUUCUAGCUCUUAUAAUUGAGCUGGAGAAGCUAAAUUUGGUGGCUCCUAAUCAACUGGAUUUGAUAGAGAACUGUUUUCAAAGUAUUCACAGGAUAGAUUUGAUUAGGAAGAUUCAGAAGUACAAACACGAAGCUUCAGUGUCCUCUGUUCAUUCUCAGCCAGUUUAUAUAAAUGCUCAUCAGGCCUCUCUCCCUAAUUUCAAUCUGAUUGAUCCUCCUUAUCAUUCAGGGAUACAGAAUCAGAACACAGAAAAAUUACAAAAUGGAACAAGUCUUACUCUGGCUGCAGCAGAACCACUUCACAUGUCCAUCGAGGAGUCAGGAUCAGUGCCACAUAAGAUGUCUGAUGAUUCCUACAGAAUGCAAAGUCGGCCUUUAGGAAUAUGCCUGAUAAUAGAUUGUAUUGGCAAUGACACUGAUGUGUUGGAAGAGACCUUCAGAGGCUUAGGCUAUGAUGUUCAUUGUCACAGAUAUUUAAAUAUGAACUCCAUGAAUCAAACAUUGCUUGAAGUUGCAAGGUGGCAGAAGCACAAAAAUUGUGACAGCUUUGUUUGCAUAUUGGUCAGCCGUGGAAACUCCCAGAGCAUCUUCUGUACAGACCACACCUUUUCUGGAUUCCCUUUGGAACAAAUAAAGAAAUACUUUACAGCAGACUCAUGUCCUGGACUCCUAGGAAAACCGAAGCUUUUUUUUAUUCAGAGCUACAUUGUGCCAGAUAAUGAGCAAGAAUGUACCAGUCUGUUGGAAGUCGAUGGGAAUGCUGAGAACAUCAGAGCUAAAGUCACUAUUCCCCAUACAGCAGACAUCUUUUGGAGUCAUUGCAAGGUGGAUGUGUCUACACUGGAACAAUCCCCAACUUCACCCUCAUAUUAUCUGCGUUGUCUGGCUGAGCUACUCCAUAAUCCUUAUAAAAGGAAACUCUGUAUAUUGGCUAUCCAUAUGGAACUGAACAGAAAAAUUUAUGAUGGGAACAUGACCAAGGACCCAAGCCAACAAUACUCACUGCUGCUCCAGCAUACACUGAGGAAGAAACUUUUUUUCCCACUUGACUGCUGUUAGAAAGUACAUAUUUGAAAUUAUUAAAAAGCAUUUGCUCUCAUGCAAACAGAUCAAUGCAUACUUUUAUUUAUGCAUUAUUUCAUGUAUGUCUAAAGUGCCUGUUGCUUCCAAGUACAGGAAUUUACAAGCAUUUUAGUGUGCUAAGACACUAGAUUUUGUAUUUUAAUAUCGUAGUCUCUGAAAGCUUGGAUGAGAAUGGUAGCUAUUGUAUAGCAGUGUGGCAUAUCUUGUUACUGAAUACCUGAGGUAAACAGAGUGUAAAGAGAUUUAAACUGUAUAGCUGUUGGGUUUUCCAAGAAAAAACAGAAGUGUUUUUAUUGCUUCAUUGGUAGUUUUUAACAUAACCUCCUAGCAGUUAAUACUUAAACAAAUAUAAGCCAGCCCAAACCACUGAAACACAUUGAUUACUUUCUCCUGCACUUAGUAAGUGGCAAAUGUCUCAGCAUUCCUGCCCAGUAAUGCCAGUUCUUUGCUUGCAAGUUGUGGCUUGCAUGCCUCUAUAGACUGGCAAAACAGAAGGGAGAGAGAUGGUCUUUUCAGUAAUCUGGAUUCCAUCUGUUUACUGCAUUAAAGAUUGCAAUGUUAGAACUGUCUACUGUUCACAGGGGGUCUGUGUUAAUAAAUGAGACAGUCUGCCAUGGUUUGGGCCAAGUAUGUUUUCUGCUGAUGCAAAAAUGAGUGUACAUGUGACAGGACAUUACAGUAAAGUGCCGCAGUUUAAAAAAUGUGGGAUUUUGGCAGAUGUCUUGUGGAAGCUGAAACAUGAUUCACACUCAUUGUACCAGGCGUAGUUGUAAAAAGAUACUUCAAAAUAUUUCAAUUUAAAUGUAGUAUGUAGCAGCCAUGCUACAUACUACAUUUAAGACUGGAUUAUGUUCUAUCCUUACUGCUUUUGCUUAUGAAAAAGAAUAUGCUUCUAUUAAUUCAUUUUUUCCCCAAGUGCUCUUGUUCUUGUGGGGAAAAAAAGGGAAAAUUGUCUUAAAUACAAAAAUUUUUCUCCAGUGUAGCAGCUGCCUAACUAAAAGUUAACUGCCUUAAAGUUCAGUUAGCUUACUUGUAUAACAGUAUAACCUGGAUGGGUUGUGUUGAAGUUUAUUGUCACUGAACUUAGUGACAAUAAAGUAAACCACUUGUAAACAUUUAAUUUUUAGUCCUAAUAUAGUCUCCUAUGUGGGAAAAUAAUUCAAGGUCCUGGUGUGUUCUGCUUGGUUUCUGUUUGAAUUUUUAAUGGCAAAAGAAAAGGAUACAAAAUGACAGAUAUGGAAUUUUAGAAGUUACUUCUUGUGGUGGCUGGUAAAUGAACUAAAUGGUGAAACAAAUGUUUCCUGUGGUUGUAGAAAUAAGGUGUCAUGUCAAAUUACAUAUAUCUAAGUAAUUUUAAUAUAUGUGAUCUUCUUCACAGAUUAACUUCACUUUCCAAUUUCCUUUACUACCUUUUGCAUUUGAAAAGCACUUCUGCUACCUUAUAGACAACCAAAAGCAGGGAGAAUCCAACUGAGGAAGCAGAUGAGGAAAAGAAAUGUGGAAAUUUUAAGCAGGAACAAGAAGGGAAAUGGUAGGGAGCAUCAAGAGAAGAACAAGUAGGGGAAAGAUGAUUCGGAGGAGAAAUACAGUAUUAAUAUUGGAAGGAGAAGAAAACAGGAAAAAGGAAGUGAGAAUAAUAGUGGCUGUCUUUACAGACUAAUGAUGUGGUGAGUUGGUUGAUGUUUUGUGGGCUGGUUGGUUGGGGGGUUUAGAGUGAUGCUAACUAAAUGCAACUAUUUACUUAAAAUACUAGCAGUAGCAUAUAUUCUGCUUUUACGGUUUUGUGACAAGUUUGGUUUGGGGGUUGAGAAGUAUAUAUGUUCUUUGCCUUACUGCAAGACGGUAAGUAAAGUCCAUGUGCCUUUCAUUAAGAUAUUAUGCAGAAAUGCUGUUUUGAAAACUAGAGACUCGUGUAAUCAACCCUUUCAGUGGAAAAGGAAGGGACUCUCUUUUGCGCAUGGCUGCUGACGCUGUUGAGUUAGAGACGGAAAGAAAGAUUCCCGUUUUCAGGUGGCUCAGAAGGCUCAAGAACAAUCUUCAUUAGCAAGAAGCAGCGAACUUUAUAGUCUCAGUUGGUAAGUGGGACUAGAUUGCUCUCAAAGUAGGAACAUCUCACACCAUGCACUAUGAAUAACUUGCUGUGAAGAACCAUAACCAUGAACAGAAAGAGAGAUAAUAAUUGUUUGAAUUCUUUCAUCUAAGAUUCCCAGGCUCAGCCUGGGAGAAGUUGUCUCUGUUCUUUCUUCGACUGAACUGAGAAUAUCCACAGGUUGCUUGGUUGGAAAUGGUUAUAACCCUCAAGAGUUGUGGGGACAGACGUGUAUUGUGCAGCAUUCGUGGGUGUCAGAUACUGAUUUUUUACACUGAUCCUCAGUAGAUUCUUAAACCAUAGCCAUACACAAUCUGUAAUUGUACAUCUAAGCAGUAUUUAUUGCCUUGACACCUCUUUCAGAUGUAGCAUUCAGGCAGGCUGAUUCCCUGUACCUGUUGCAUAGUGAGUAUUUAUGCAGGACUUCUGUGAUGGCAGUUGUCCAUUGCUUCUCCCAUAGCUUAUAGAAUAGACUCCUAGAAUAUGCUGAGUUAGAAGGGACCCAUCAGGGUCAUUGAGACCAACUCCUGGUCCUGCACAUGACACCCAAGAAUCCCACCAUGUGCCUGAGAGUGUUGUGCAAAAGCUUCUUGAGCUCUGUCAGGGUUGGAGCUGUGACCACUUCCCUGGGGAGCCUGUUCCAGUGCUCAGCCACCCUCUGGGUGAAGAACCUCUUCCUGAAAUCUACCCUAACCCUCCCCUGCCACAGUUUCAUUUCUCAAGUCCUCUCAGUGGUCACCAGAGACAAGCAGUUGAUACCUCUGCCCCUCUGCUUCCCCUCGUGAGGAUGUUGAAGACUGCAAUGAGGUCACCCCUCAGUCUCCUCUUUUCCAGGCUGAACAAACCAAGCGACCUCAACCCCUCCUCAGGGGGCCUCCUCUCCAAAAACCUUACCAAGUUUCUGUGUCACUCUGUACACAUGAUGGGGACUGUCUCUUCUUGCCAUAGUGCACGCAUAGAGUUUAGGGUGUUAGCACAGGAACAUAGAGAGUGACAUGCUGCUGAAAUUUCUUGGUCUUGGACUGAUGAAAUGUCUAGUUUUCACAACCUAUUAUUGAAGGAGAUAAAACAAGUUGCGCUGCUCCUGCAUUGUCAGAGGUUGGAAUAAGGCUGUCAGAGUCACAGCACUUAAUUAUAGUUUUGAUUUCUGAUAACUGGAAAAAAAAAUUGUUGUUGUUCUCUCUAUGCUCUGUAUAUGGACAGUGGUGCCUUUAAGUGGCUCGGAAGGUGUUCUCAUGAGGCAAGACAUUCAGUGGUGUUUUGUACCAGACUUGAGUUGCAUGUUUUUUUCUCAGCCAUCUACACUGAUGUGGCUGAGCCAUAAAUUGAGUUUACUUUGCACUGUUACAUAUUUGUGUACUACAGUGGUUGCCAACUCAUUAUCCAAAAUAGAAGUUAUGUUCAAGAGGCUGUUACUGUGCUAGCACUUGUAAAUGGAGCAUGUUGUAUGGCUGAUCUCCCCUUUCAAUUCUGCAUUUGAAAGAAGUAACACUGGCUCCUAUUACAGGUACCUGAAUCAGGGAAGCUUUUUGUGGGAGUUUCUGAGAAUUCUUUUCUGCUUUCCAGAGUCUUAAGCUUCUGACAUGCAGAACAGUGUUGCUGAGAAGAGGCCACUGUCUGUGUGGAUGAUAUAUAUUCAAUUUAAAUUAAAUCUCCUGUACUGAAUUAUUUGACAGCUUUUCUGUGGCUGGUUUAAAUAAUGUCUAUUUUUCAGCUUCUGUAUUAGAAAUAAUAAUAAGACACUAUAAUUGGAUACAAAUGCUGGGUUUCAUGCUGAUAUUCUGAAUAAAAUUUCUGUAUGCAGUCAGA